UGGUUCCCCUCCCAUGGCAGUGGGUGGAUCUGGUUCUCUUUGAUCAGACACAGAAGAGAUAGGAAGUACAGAGAAGACAUGUUCAGUCAUCUCAAUCCAGUAGCAGGUAAAACCAUCACUGUAGCCAUCUAGCUAGAAAAGAGAAUAUAUGAACUUCUCCUUCCUUGGGCUACACAGGAUCAAUGGAAAUGUGUUUUUACCUAUUCAGAGCAACCGCUGGAAAUAGAACUGACAUAACCUAACAAAUACCGCACCAGAUUAUUUCAGCUUAUUUUGGGACCGGUGAGAACUGCUUAGAGACGUUUGACAAACUGUUGCCAAGACUGUUGUUUUGUAAGGUCGUUCGUUGUGCAACGCUUACGUAAGUGGACUUCAAUCUGCAGACCAGCGCAAACACAACAAAAGGCUGGGGAGAAUAGUCUGUACGGCGUAUUCCUCCAGGAAAGUCUGUGUGGUCUGCACUGGCCUAAAACUGCUCAGGAGCACAAAGCCAUCACAACUGAAGGACAAUGGCAACGCUUUUCAGUGGUUUAUGGCAUCUGCUGGGUUCAUGGAUAGAUGUGCAGGGCUUCCUGGUGUUCCUGUGUGCUUUGGUCCUGGUCAAAUAUGUCAAAGAUUUCCCCCAUAAGGAUCUGCCACCCGGGCCCUUCCCCCUGCCUCUCCUGGGGAAUCUGUGUAGCAUUGGCCUGAAGAACCCUAUAGCAGGUUUUAGAAAACUCGUAGAGACGUAUGGAGACGUGUCCUUGGUUGACAUGGGCGGUGUGCAAUGCAUCCUCCUCUCUGGAUACAGAGGAUUCAAAGAGGCUUUUGUGGAGCAGGCAGAACUCUUUGCAGACCGCCCCAACUACCCUCUGAACGACAAGCUCUGCAAAGGUUUAGGCAUCAUUUCGUCCAGUGGCCCCAUGUGGAGACACCAGAGGCGCUUCGCUCUGUCCACUCUCAAGUACUUUGGCGUUGGGAAGAAGACCCUGGAGAACUCCAUCCAGCAGGAGAGCCAGUGGCUCUGUGAUGCGCUCCAGACUGAGAGGGGUUUGCCUUUCAAUCCCCACCGUAUUCAGACCAAUGCUGUGGCGAAUAUAAUCUGCUCGCUGGUGUUUGGUCAUCGGUUUGAGUAUGACGACCAUCACUUCCACGAAAUGCUGAAAUGUUCAGAUGAAGUUUUCCAACUGCCUGCGACCGUCUGGGGUCGGCUGUACAAUCAGUGUCCUACACUGAUGCAGUUCUUGCCGGGAAGGCAUCAGUCAGCCUUCUCCAACCUGACCAGAAUCAAGCAGUUUAUCAAGCAGGAAGUGGAGCGGCACAGGGAGGACAGGAACCCGUCCGAUCCAAGAGACUACAUCGACUGCUACCUGGAGGAAAUCGAGAAGUGCACUGACCCAUCAGCCGGCUUUACGGAGGAGAAUCUGCUGUACUGCGUGGUGGAUCUGUUUGGAGCCGGCACAGAGACCACAGCCAACAGCUUGAGAUGGGGCGUCCUGUUCAUGGCCAACCACCCAUCUGUUCAAGAAAAGGUGCAUGCGGAGAUCGAUCGGGUGAUUGGCCACUCUCGCCAGCCCUCCAUGGACGACCGAGCACACCUUCCUUACACUUAUGCCGUAGUGCAUGAGGUCCAGAGGUGCGGAAACAUAGUCCCCUUCACCCCUCCCAGGGUGUCAAACAGGGACACUACUGUCGCUGGGUGUCAGGUUCCGAAGGGAAUGAUGGUGCUUCCCAUGCUGAAGCCGAUACUCUAUGAUGCUAAUGAGUACAGCCACCCAGAGGAGUUCAACCCGGGCCAUUUCUUGGAUGAAGAUGGCAAAUUCAUGAAAAGAGAAAACUUUAUACCCUUCUCAAUAGGGAAGAGAGCGUGUCCAGGCGAACAGCUGGCCAGGAUGGAGCUCUUCCUGUUCUUCGCCUCCCUCAUGCAGAGGUUCCGUUUCCAGGCUCCGGAUGGCCAGGUGCUCAGGAUGGAUGGAGAAGUGGGGAUCACCUCAGGGCCAAAGCCCUUCAAGAUCUGCGCCAUACCAAGAGGAUGACUCCACUGACUCGAUAAGAUGCCAGAGGAAGGACCCUUCACUGACAUGAGUUGUUUUGAGAAGGACCCAUUGCACUGAUGUGAAUUGUUACUAACGUGGAUGGUGUUGAGAGUCUGACAUUUGUUAGCUUGUUGCUGCUGCUGUCCUUUUGUAAAGUGUGGUUGUGGAUGAAUUUAAGGCUAAUACUGUACCUACAUGGUUAAAACAAACACUCUCAGUCCCACUCUUACUGGGGGGGUCCCAGCUCUGCACAUGUCUAUCUACUCUUCCUCCCACACCUCACACACACACACACACACACACACACACACACACACGCACACACACACACACACACACACA